AUGCUUGACCUUGCGGAUUUUGUCAAGGACCGUGGUGGAGAUCCCAACAAGAUCAAAGAGAGCCAGCGAAGACGGUUCGCUCCAGAGGAGACGGUGGAUGGAGUCAUUGCUCUCUAUGAAGAAGCCCGAGGAGCAGAUCUGGAGCAACGCAAGAAGGCAGCAGAGGAAGUUGCAAUUCAGAAGGAAAAACAGCGGGAUCGACAGGUUGCUUUAAUUGGCAACUAUGUCCACGAGUCAGUUCCUGUGAGCAACAAUGAGGUAUGUGAACCCUCCAUGCUCCUCGAAGAUGACAGAAUUGGCUGGCUCACAACCCAUUUCCGAUCACAGGAUGACAACCAGGUGAUCAAAACAUGGGCUCCUAAAGAUGCUGUCAUGGAAAGGGAGAAUUGCCUCUCUCACCAUGAAGUACUGACCCGCCUUGACGGGUAUGACCCAGAGCGCGGCGUGAAGAUUGUUGGUCACCGAGGAUAUUGUUUGACAGGGUAUGGCCUGUUUCUCAACCUAGCCCUUAUCAACUAUGGCCUGGAAUUUCUCUUCGGGAAAGGCUACAAACCCAACCAGCCUCCUCAAUUCAUGCUCCGGGACCUCAUGGCGAAGACGGCACAGCUUGAGCAGUUUGACGAGGAGCUGUACAAGGUCACUGAGAGCGAGGACAAGUCCACAGACAAGUAUUUGAUUGCGACCUCCGAACAACCAUUGUCUGCGCUGCAUGACAGCGAGUGGCUGCAAGAAAAGGAUCUUCCCAUCAAGUACGCCGGCUACAGCACAUGCUAUCGAAAAGAAGCGGGUGCUCAUGGGAAAGAUGCGUGGGGCAUCUUCCGGGUUCAUCAAUUCGAGAAGAUUGAGCAGUUUGUUCUGACCAAGCCGGACGACUCGUGGCAAGCGUUCGAGGAGAUGAUGGCUACCUCUGAGGAGUUUUACCAGUCCCUCGGACUUCCAUACCAGAUCAUGGCCAUUGUCUCCGGUGCGUUGAAUAAUGCAGCGGCCAAGAAAUACGAUUUGGAGGCCUGGUUCCCAUUCCAGCGCGAAUACAAGGAGCUUGUUUCUUGUUCCAACUGCACGGACUACCAGGCUCGGGCCUUGGAAAUUCGAUUUGGCGUCAAGAAGACUACCGACUUGAAGAAAACCUAUGUUCAUGCGCUGAACGCGACCCUGUGCGCAACCGAGAGAACCUUGUGCUGCGUUCUCGAGAACUACCAGCGAGAAGAUGGCAUUGAGGUUCCCUUGCCGCUGCGCAAGUAUAUCCCAGGCGCACCUGAAUUCCUUCCAUACACCAAGGAGCUCCCCAAGGACACAACCUCUCAGAAGCCCAAGGGGAAAUCAGCAAACAAGUCGGCUCGUACCGACGAUGCGACCAAGAAGAUGGAGGGUCUUCAGGUUUAA